AAAUAAAAGAAAACGCAUUUCUUUUAUUAUAAUUAAAUCAUUAUUUUCAAACAAUAUUUUGAGUUGAUAUAACAUGACUUGAGAAGAUUUAUAGUAAUUUACCUCUAAAAGAUGUAAUUUAGAGCGUAAAAUCUGUCAGAUUCGUAUAUAUAUGAAGUAGGCUGCGAACGUCCCCCUUUUAUAACCUCAAAAAUGCGCGAGAAGUAUCACUGACUGAUGGUAAAGUGAGCUUAUUUUAUUAAAUAAUUGGUGUAAAAGUGAACAUAAAAUUAAAAUGCCGUCGAAGAAAAGAAAGUACAAUGCAAGAUUCCCAGCGGGGCGAAUCAAGAAGAUUAUGCAGACUGAUGAGGAAGUGGGGAAAGUCGCUCAAGCUGUACCAAUCAUAAUUUCUCGUACCCUGGAGUUGUUCGUGGAGUCACUGCUGAGCAAAGCCAUGCAGGUGACGAUGGCGAGGAACGCUCGGACCCUGAGCCCUUCGCACGUGAAGCAGUGUAUCCUGGCUGAAUCGCGGUUCGACUUCCUACGAGACUUGGUAAAGAACAUUCCAGAUGUUUCUGCCGCUGAGGAGAAAGAAAUGAUGAGCGCAGAGAACUCUCCUAAUUCUUCAAGAUUCCCCGAAGCCACAGCGCCACCACGGAGGGUAGUCAGAGAAGACUCAAACAGCUCAAGCAGCUCAGAAGUCAGACCUCUCUCAUCUGCAGUCAAAGACAAACUAAAGAAGGUCUUAUCCGUCUUAGACACAGAGCCCAAACCGCACAGAACCGAAACUGUCACCUCCACAAUAAUCUCAGCAGACACAGCCAUUGACCUAACUAAAAGACCGCUCGAAGAGAGACCUGUACGGACGGCGAAUUUCUACCAAGAAACCCUCCUAACCGAAGAAGUACCGCACAGAAGCGUCAUAACCCUAAAUCCAACCUACGCGAGCCCUCAACCUUCGACCAGCUACACGAAUUUGACCCCUGUGGAACCAGUCCAUAAGAUCGAAAUCGCCGUGCCUAACCAAGAAAGCUACUUCCUAGAUUUAAAAGCUACUCCGUUAACGCCCAGAACCCCCGUCACACCAAGGACUCCUGUGGCACCAAUUUUAAAUAUAGACUUCUCCAAAAACUUGGGGAAGCCAGAAAUCAAAGUUUUGGACAAUGCUGUUGCUAGCAUCGUUGGUGUUCAAAAGGAGACUGCCAAAACUAACAUGAAAACCAAUAGACAGAACUCUAGAACUAAGUCGGAAAGUAGGAAAGUUGAAACUAAACUACCGUUACCACAGACCCAACCUAUCGAUAUAGACCAUUUAAAUUCGGGAAAUCUACAAAUUGACGAAGACUAUGAUACCUGAACGUGUGAUCUGUAAGGCUCUGGAAUUGUGUGUGUUUCUGUUUUUGUUCAUUGUGUAUUUUGCUUAGCACGACAUUUUUUGUUGUUCAAAAUUAAUUAUUCGUUUAUGUCUUUAAAUUAAGCAUUUAAUACUAAUUAAAUUAUAGACUGUCGGAUUUCCUUUUCGGGCUAUAAUUAGGAGAUUAUGAAAUCGGUGAGCUCUUUUAAAGAUUCAACAAAAAAAACUGUCGUUUGAAAUGAACUUUUAAUACUAAACUUUGUCCAUAGUCUGUUCCGUUAUUUUUCUAUUUAAGUAUUUAAGGAAAUUUAGGCCCGUAAUGUGUAAUUGUGGACUGGUCUUAUUUGCUCAAGUUAUAGUUACAUUAUAGUAAAGGUCACGUAAACUAACAACUGUAAUAGCCUUUAUUACGUAGCAAAAAGAGCGAUAUUUGUAAAGCAAAAAAGUAUAGCUACUGUCGUGACCUUCUUUGGUACUAUUUGAUACGAAUAAAUUAAAUAAACCUGUCCACAUUAAAAAUAAAUGUUGAUUAAACUAUUAAUUGUUCUACUUGUUGUAAUACGAAUAGAAGUAUUUCAAUAUGGAAAUAGAAUACCAAGGUAACUAUUAUGUUGUUCAGUCAUUUGUGAAAUAUGUAUUUUACAUCUUACCAAUAUAAGUGAUUUUUAGUUAAAUUUAACAUUAUUAGGUACUGACAGAAAUGAGUGCAAUUGUGGGAUUAGUGACUCCUUUAAGAUCAUAAUCGAUUACAUACAAACCUGUAUGUUUAUGAAGUCUAUUUAUGCUCGUAAAAUUAUGAUCAAGCCAUUAUCGCCUCUGUUAACUGAAAAUAAAGAUGUACCUUAUCACUGUGCACAAAAAUAGUAAAUAUUGUUUCUAUGGGCACCUAUAGAAUAUACCAAAAGUUAAUCUUUCUGUUUAAUGCAUCAUAAGACAUAUUUUCGAACUUUUGAUUUAAUUUAGAACAAAGGACUAUACGAUUAAAAUUAUCUUAUAAAAUUUUAGUAAAUAAAUAUUUAGAUAUUUAAAAUAAGUUCCCUUUCUUAUAGAAACAAAGUAAUUUAAGUAACUUUUUUUCGUUGUUUUGUUGUUUACCAUUUUAGGUAGGUGGUAUGAUAUUUAAACUUUAUAAUGUGAGUAUAAAAAGUUGACAGCUGUUAAUUGCAAAGCGAAAUAUCACUUAUGUCAAUAGCACGAGAGUUCAACUAUAAUGGCACCAAAACAUAAUGUCGAUGUGAUAAAUUAUGGUCAAUUCUUACUAGCGCAGAACAAAACAUAUUCACCAAUAUCUUCGCAACGUAAUGUAGGUACAUAUGUCUUCUGAGCAACGAAAUAGAAAUGAUAUGGAAGCAUUAUUAUGUAACAAGGGCCGCUAACAUCAAAAAACUCCGCAACUAAAACUAAACUCCAAAAGCGACACGCACACAGACAAAACAAAAUAAUUUGACAAAUCAAAUAACUGUAAAUGCAUUCGGAUAUCCAUUCAUUUGGUAAGAUAAAAUCCCAACCAAUCCCAUGAUCGGCGUGCUGUUCGCUUUUUUUCACCCCACCCACAUAAACACAGUUUCUUAGAGCCCAUUAGAACGAACGGUUUUAUCAAAGUACGUUCUAUUUUAAGUUCUGGAUGUCGGACGUAAAGUAGGAAAUCCAAAGAGCACUACAAAAGAGCUAAUUUCAGGAUUUUAACGGGCAUCGAAAAAGCACUUUAACUUACAAAAAAGGCCUUUAUUCUAAUCAGGAUAUUUCAUAAUCAAUAGACACGCGGGAAGCUCUCUAGCUCGACAUAACCACAAAUGAAAAUUACUUCAAAUAAGGUAACGUAUAGUUGAGCAUAGACAAGGAUCCCUGCGCAGUAACAAUUUUACAUACAAAAACGUCUACUGCGCAAGU